AAAUACUAUCGGCUCCGAUGACUUUUCAUUUUGUGAAUUACUUUGUUCAUGCUAGCAUUAGAAAAUGACACUAUUUCGAACGUUACUGACGAAAAGUAUCCUUUUAAAAAUAUCCGAAUAUCAUGGUCCGGCAAUUAGAUACGCGCAGUUAUUUCACACAUGUCUAACGCCGUCGAUUAGAAUCUACGGAAAACCAUGUGCAUUUACCGCGUUAAGGUAUCGUGGAACACAUACAUUAACGAAAAAUGCUUUCAAUUCUACCGUUCAGUCCGUAAAGAAAACGAAAAAAGCAUCAGAAUUUAAGAAUCUGAUUGUACUAGCGGCACCUGAAAAAUGGAGAUUACUCGGUGCCAUUGCUUUUCUAAUGGUUUCAUCUGGUGUCACGAUGGCAGUACCUUUCUGUUUAGGACACCUGAUCGAUGUUAUCUACAAAAAAGACAAAGAGAACAUGAAAGAAAAUCUUGAUCAGUUGUGUCUUGUUUUACUUGGAAUAUUUGUCAUCGGAGGUAUAUGUAAUUAUUUCAGAGUGUAUUUGAUGACCAACAUCGGACAUCGAAUCACUCAGUCUUUGAGAAAACAAUUAUACUCUGCUAUCCUUCGUCAAGAAGUAGCAAUGUUCGACAGAUGUAGUACGGGAGAACUUGUUGGUAGAUUAUCUGGAGAUACGCAACUUAUAAGUUCUGCGUUAACUAGCAACGUGUCGGAUGGAUUACGUUCUGCCAUUAUGAGCAUCAGCGGAGUAUCGAUGAUGUUUUACGCUUCGCCAAAAUUAGCUGUACUUGGUCUGAGUAUUGUUCCACCGAUUGCUGGUUUGGCCAUAAUUUAUGGCCGUUAUCUUAAGAAAGUCUCCAAAGAAAUACAAAGUAGCUUAGCAGUGCUGAAUACAACAGCAGAAGAAAAGAUCUGUAAUAUACGAACGGUAAAAGCAUUUGCGAAGGAAAUGUCUGAGAUCGCUUAUUAUAAUUCUCAAUUAGAAGAUGUGCUAAAAAUUUGUAACAAGGAAAGUUUAUACAGAGGCAUAUUUUUUGGAUUAACCGGACUAUCGGGAAAUGUGAUUAUUCUCUCUGUAUUGUAUUACGGCGGAGUCAUGGUUUCUAAUUCCGCUAUUACGAUUGGGAGUUUAAGUGCUUUCUUAAUAUACGCUGCGUACGUAGGAAUUUCUUUAAGCGGACUGUCUUCGUUUUAUAGUGAAUUCAAUAAAGCGAUGGGUGCAAAUGUACGUUUAGUUGAGUUGAUCGAAAGACAACCAGCGAUACCCAUUCAGGGUGGUAGAAUUCUGGAAAAGGAGCUAUCUGGUGAUAUCGAAUUUCAAAAUGUCAGUUUCGCUUACCCUACAAGAGAGAGCGUACAGGUUUUGGAAAAUUUCAGUUUAAAAAUCUCUAAAUGUAUGGUAAUUGCUAUUGUUGGAUCAUCAGGUUCUGGAAAAUCUACGAUAGCCUCGCUAUUAUUGAGAUUUUAUGAUCCCGAUUCAGGAUGCAUACUUUUGGACAAUCAUGAUCUCAGAUCUCUCGAUCCUCUGUGGGUCAAGUCACAGAUCAGUAUUGUAUCUCAGGAGCCAGUACUCUUUGGUGGUACGAUAAAAGAAAAUAUAUUGUACGGAAUUGAUGAUCCAACAAAAUACGACGUAGAGGAUGCUGCAAAACGGGCGCAUGUUUUGGAAUUUACAAAAGAUAUGCCCGAUGGUUUGGACACUAUCAUUGGAGAAAGAGGUGUUACUCUCAGUGGUGGACAAAGACAAAGAGUUGCUAUUGCCAGGGCGUUAAUAAAGGAACCAAAAAUCUUAAUUCUGGACGAAGCGACGAGCGCGUUAGACGCGGAAAGUGAACACUUUGUACAGAAAGCAAUGGAAAAGGCUGUUGAAGGUCGAACAGUGUUAACUAUUGCCCAUAGGCUGAGUACAAUAAAAAAUGCUGAUAAGAUCAUAGUUUUAAACGAAGGACGCGUAGUAGAAUCUGGAACAUACAAAGAACUUAUGAAUAUAAACAAUGGUUGCUUCAAUAAAUUGGUUCAACAUCAAACUUUCGGCUAGAUUUUGAAUUUUAAUACGUUUUAAAAGCAAUCAAGGUUUGGUAGUUGUAAAGUUAUCCAUAGAUACGUGUGUAUAUUAUAAUUUCAAUCGGAAAUACUUUAAUCAUUUUAAUAAUGUUAAAAUAAACAAAUGUAAAAAAGAAAUUCGUAGCAGUAACUAGAUAAAAGUUAUGUAUA